AUGCGCUUCUCUACCAUCAUCAGUGGCUUUGCCUUCACGGCCUCAGCCUUCGCCGCCCCUUCAAUUAUUCUCCAUAACAACUGCGACUUUGAUGUAUUCGUCACCUCCGUCGGCAAAACAUCUGGCAACACCACCAGAGUGCAUCCUGACGUUCCAUGGAUCGAGGAGGAAUACUUCGAUGGUACCGGCACCGCCAUCAAAAUUGGCCGAACUGCCGCUGCGCUUUGGACCGCCAAACCUACGCUCCACCUCAGUUACACAUACAGCAGGGGUCAAAGCCUCUACUACGAUCUCAGCACUACUUAUGGCUUCGACUUCUGGGGAAAGAAGAUCACGGUCAAGGGGGACGAUGAUAAGGAGGUGCCAUCAAUCGAGUGGGACGGUGCCCCAGAGCUGAUCCAACAUACCCAAUCCUACUUUGGCGAGACUGGUCUGACACUUGAAAUCUGUGCCGCCUAG